GUCACUCUGCCGAGUGCUGGACGGAGUGGAAUCGAAACACUAAAUUAACUUAUAACUAAAAUUUAAUCAAUGAAAACUAUCAACUACUUCUUACAAUAUUGCUGAUAAUACCAUAACCUGUAUAUCAUGAGUAUGAAAUAAGUUAAUGAUGCUGAAAAAAAAAUCAAAAUUGUGUGUAUACCUUAAGAAAAAAAAAUAUGAAAAUAGUUAUAAAAUAGUAAUAACAAAUUAUGAUAAUUUAAAGUAACGUAAACAUCUAUAAAAUGUUAAAAAACGGCAACGGCUUUAUUGGAGCAGAGUAUGCCACCCCCAAGACCGAAGGGGAUAGGAUUUAAUACUGGAGCUACCCAACCUAGAUCGAAUUCAAACACUCCCAUGUCGGAGAGACAGCAAAUGGCUUUACUUAUACAAAUGACAGCUACCUCCUCGACAGACUCAUCCCGGACCAAUUUAAAAAAGAAUGAAAGCAAGAAAGGAGAAACUGAGAUUGAUGAGAGCAGCCUGAACGAAAAACCAGAGGUUCUGGACCCAAAAGACAAGUCUUCCGCGGAGGAAAGCAGCAACGAUGGCAAAAACAGCGAUUCCAUUCACCAGGGAACUUCUGCUGCCAAGCGCUGUUACUCGGACAUAGAGGAGGACUACGAGGAAUCUGGAGAGGACGUAAAGAAAAAGAAGCGUAAGGACUCCGAGCAUGGCAAGGACUUGAAGGGGGCCUCCCUGAAGCUCACCUCCAGAGUAGAAAAGGGUUCCAAGUUAGCGACGGCAAAGGGAUCACCAUCCGGAAACAAAAGCAGCGCUUCAAGUGCCGACAAGGAGCAGGCGGAAAUAAGCAAGAAUGUGGACAUUGAAAACGAAACUGAGUGCAGUGAUGAUUACAAGAGCAAUGACAGUCUGUACAACGGAGGACUCAAGGUGCCGCCACUGAAGAUUGUGAUCCCGCAGCAAAACUGCUCCAUUGACACCGAGGGCAACGUGCUAAGAACUGGAAAAGUGACUGCCUCCCGCAAUGCGGCUUUGCCCUAUGUGGUCAGCUCCAAUAGCGACUCCAUUGACACCGUCAUAACCAAUCAAUCGAUAAGCCCGCACGAGAGUCCCCAGAAGAGCAACAGCAUAUGCUCCACUGUCCUGGACGACAAAAACAUAAAGCUCUUCAAUGAUGAGAAGAAUCUGAGAGUCCUACGCAGCUCUCAUCGCACUGGGGUCACUAGUGUUGAGCGCAGCUCCAAUAACUCCUCCCCGCAAAUGCAGAGCAGCUCUCCAUCGCCGGCUUCAUCUAAUCAUGCCAACGAUCCUGCCGAUGUGAAGCUAUCCUAUAGCAACAUGACUUCUAGUCCAAUCCCCCAAGGCCACCAGUUUGACCAGGAGACAAUCACCAAUGUGCCGAGCCCCUCGACGUCGUCGACUUCUUCAUCGAAGGAAAUUAAUCCCUCGUCGAACGUAGAACUUCAUCCUCGAAAGCGAAAGAUUCGGCCCAAGAACACCGAUGACAGUUCGAAGAACUCAAAUGCCGCUGAUUCAGGAGUGAAUUCUGAAGAGUCUCACCCGCAUGACCAUCCCUUCACCAACGGCUUUCAGAUGUUCUUAAGCAUCCGACGUCAGAUUGAGAAAAAAUGGAAGAGCUUGUACCCGGUGAAGCCGAGACCCCCACAAGGAUACAACGAGUAUUUGCUGACGAAGAAAUCGUACUUACUAAGUCGAAAUGCGGAAACUUCAGCUCCGGAUAUUCCCCGCACUGUGCCGCAGGCAAUGGAGAGGAUUUACCAGGACCAAGAGAAGGCCAGGCAAGAUUUAAUCCAGGCACACACUGUGGAGCGGGAGAAGCUUUGCUUAAACGUUGAGCAGGAGAUAAUACGGGUCCACUCGAAGGCGGCCAGGAGUAUAUCUGGCCAACCGGCGCCCUAUUCCGUUUGUACAUACUUAAAGGACGACGAGGUUUACAACAUGAUCACACCAGAGCAGGAUGAAAAGGAGAAGAGUGCUCGGUGCCGAUUCAAUGGACGAUUGCUACUUAGCUGGUUGCAAGAUGUCGAUGAUAAGUGGGAGAAAAUCAAGGAAUCCAUGGUUUUGAGGCAUCAUAACGAGGCGGAAAGUCUGCGUGCCGUUCAGGUCAUGGAUUGGAACAUAUUCGCAAAGCGAAAUAGGCUUUGCGAUCACCCGACUGAAGUUAAUUUUGAACACGUUCCGAUUGUUUCGGUUGGAAAUGAUUUUGACACAUUGCCAACAUAACUGACAAAUUAAGAUGAAUAAAUUGUUACAAAAUUUAA